UCUGUGCAUUGGGUCUCUCAGAUGGCAGUGCAUUAUCGUUUUUGGACACAAACAUACAUUCUUAGUAUUUUGUUUUAACUAUACUUUGUUGAACUUUUAUUUAUCCUUACUUAUUUCGUAGCAAUGUUCACAACCAUUUGUGACAAACCAUCUUGAUAUAGUUUGUUUUGUUCUAGUUGUGUUUUUCUCUUUUAACUGCAACAUAAAUGGCUUCUCUGCUUCGUAAAUUGUCUUACAACAGUUACACCCAAUGUCGGUCGUUGCAUAAAAUAGCAGUGGGCCACACAGUGCCUCUGACGUUCAACCAGUAUGAACAUCAGCAGAGGUUCCGUGAAGCUCAGGCCGAGAUCGUUGGCUCCUUGAUGUUCAGCCCUAAGUUCAAAGACCAGCUGGGCGAUGUUGAAGUCUGGAUGACUAAAUUGUUAGAUUAUGCUCUGGCCGGAGGGAAGAGGGGCAGAGGUCUGGCGGUGCCCUUUGCGUACCGAAUGAUGGAGGAUCCAGAGCACUUCACAGAGCACAAUCAUCAUAAAGCACGGAUCAUGGGAUGGGUUCUGGAAAUGUGCCACUCCUACCUACUCAUAAUAGAUGACAUAAUGGAUGCCUCUAAGACUCGCCGCGGCCAGCAGUGUUGGUACCUACGUGACGAUGUCGGUAUGGGCGCGCUGAACGACAGCGGACUUAUAUUCACCAGCGCAUUCGAAGUCUUGGAGCAACACUUCGGAGAUGAUCCUAUUUAUGGAGAACUUGUUAAGAUUUACAAUGGGGCAAUGUUGCACACAUGCAUAGGUCAGCACCUGGACUUCGCAUCAAACUAUAGGCGGGAGAAGAACAACCUGGACACGUUCACAGUGGAACGGUUUGACGCCAUCGCCUUACAGAAGACCGCAAUGUACACUUUCAAAUUGCCUAUGAAUUUAGCUAUGACUUUAGUUAAGGGAAAGAAUCAGAAUUUGCACCAUACAGAAGAAGUACAUUCCAUCUGCUGGGACAUGGGCAAACUUCUGCAAUUAAUUAACGACUACAAAGACAUAUACUUCGACGAAAUCAAAACAGGGAAGGCCGGCACGGACAUACAGGAAGGCAAGUUGACGUGGCUCGCGGUGACAGCCCUGGAGCGAUGCACUGACGCACAACGAAAAUUCUUCGCCGAAAACUACGGCAUCGACAACCCUGAGAAUGUACAACGAAUCAAAGACUUAUUCGCAGAGUUGGACAUUGAAAAUAUUUAUAAAAAUCAUGAAAAAGCUGUGUAUGAAGAUCUAGUGAGAAGAAUCCGCGCUUUACCCACCAAAGGACAGACGCGGUUCUAUUCUGAAGGUCUAGAAGCGUGUUGUAAACAGUUGUAAAGAUAUUUCUAUAGAAGCUGUGUGGUUGGAAGAAUACAUAGAUUAGAACAGAAUAUAUA